AUGAAAUCUGACACGAGGAAAUGUUUGCACCUGGGAGGAAACCUGGCGUCAGUGCACAGUCUUCCCCAGUAUCGUUUCCUUCAGUCUGUCAUCAGGAAGAGUACCAGGAAAGUCCAGCGUACCUGGAUAGGAGCCAACGACGCCAUCAAGGAGGGUCUCUGGCUGUGGAGCGACGGGUCCAGGUUUAACUACCAGAACUGGGGCCCGGGUCAACCCUCUAACUAUAACCAUGGUGUUAUUAAGGACAACACGAACGGCCAGAAGCAUUGCAUGGAGAUGAACUAUGGAGCUUCUCGCUGCCAGAAUGAUGCCCCUUGCUGGUUUACAUUUCCCUUCCUGUGUUCCAGAAAGUUGUGA